CACAGAUGAAUUGGAAAUCGAAUUUCUGAAAUGGGCCCUGGGACUGAAAACAUCUUCAUCGUGCGUUCCAAAAAAGUUUGCUGCGUUGAACUGAGCGUUGUGUCUGUAAGCCUCAAGCUUCAUUUCGAGUGAGAGCUGAAGUUGUGACCACAGAGUGCUGUUUUAGUCAUUAGAAAGUUAAAGAGUUCUGAGCGAAAGGACCGCUUGUCACGUCAAACUUAGCACAAGCGCAGUGCGCACGCAGCUAGUUGAGAUCCCAUUCGUCCUAUCAUGCUCGUGUCCAAGAUGCCGAUGCCCGAGUACAAGCGAACGAAGAGCACAGCCGACUGGUCCUCGGGCGAGGAACAGGGGCUUUCUCUCAGCGAAAAGCUCCGUAUGGACAUCGUGAAGCAGCUCGACCGGUACACGGAUGCGAUGAACCUCGAAGCGGAAACCAGAGCGACGAGUGUUUCGGAACUGCAGGACGAAGUAUCACGAGAAAAAAGUGUGGCAGAGGAAACUUGUAAUGCGAAGAUCAUAAGGGAAAACAGGAAGGAAACGAGGCUCCCAAGCGCUUUCUGCAUGAGAAAGGUUGUCUGGGUUGCCGGUCUUGCAGCACAAUGUGUAACUGUAACACUUUUUUCUUGCGAUACGAAGUGCUGGGGCUACAAUGGGAGCUCUCCGUGGCAAACGAGAAGGUCCGAAAGUGCGAAACGCUGUGCCUCGACACCGAAGGACUUCUAGACGAGAACGCGCUCCGCAGCAGCAUUGACGUCGACAAGACGGAGGGAUUCUCCAGAGCCGAGAUGACGCAGGUGAUUCAGGCGCUGUUGCGCGCCCUGCGAGAGUACGAACAAGACCAACACAAGGACAUACAAAAGAUCCCGGACGCAUUUGCAACCGCCGUCCAGGGAAGAUAUGUCAUGUUUUGCGGGUUUGGUUUGAAAAUGAGAUUGGCUGCUGGAUGGACGGAUCGAAUGAACAUGAAUUUCCCGACAAGGAACAAUUUCCGAAUCACGAUUUUCAAGCCCUAGGGCCCUGUUUGGUCGGUGUAUCACUAUUAAAGGUGCGUUGCUAGCUUCCGAAGAUAGAGG